AUGUCUCCGUCCACAGGAAUCCAACCCAAAGUCGAGGAAGACGGGCUUGCCCAUGGCACAAUUGAGGAUGUCCCAGUCAACAAAAUUACCAGCUUCAAUGGCAAGCUACAGAAGUUCCUGCAUAGCGGGACCACAGCGCCUUCAGUCCCAAGUACCUCGAGCACUACUACAUCGCAACGUCGCAUAAACCCCGAGGCCGAAUAUAAACGAAACAUCACCGAAGACCAAGCAGAAGCCAUUAUCUCCAGCCCAAGGCGCAAGAGAGCAGCCCCACAGACGACAGUGUCAGAAACCAUAACCACGCGCCCACGCACCACCCGCUCACAGUCAACCUUAACGACAACGUCUGCAUCCCCAAUCCCACCUCCUCGAACCCCAACCAAACGCAAGCGCAGCGCAACCCCCAGACUCCCACCAACGCCCCCAAUUGCCGGGCCUUCAGCUACAGAAUCCCUUCUCCGCGACACAAUCCCGCCAAACCUGAUCCUCCUCCUCGUAGGCGUGAACCCAGGAAUAAUGACAGGCAUAACAGGGUACGCCUACGCGCACCCAUCAAACCUAUUCUGGAAACUCCUCUACUCAUCCGGUAUAACAAGUAUCCGCCACAUACCUGCGGACACAUACAAGCUUCCUGCGCUGUACAGCGUGGGCAACACGAAUAUUGUGGAGCGGCCGACGCGGGAUGCGAGUAUGCUCAGUCGCGCGGAGAUGGACGCCGGUGUGCCGGUGCUCGAGGCUAAGGUUGCGGCGCAGAGGCCGGAGGCUGUCUGUCUUGUUGGGAAGAGUAUUUGGGAGGCUGUUUGGAGGGUUAGACAUGGGAGGGGGAUUCGGAAGGAGGAGUUUCGGUAUGGGUGGCAGGGGGAGGAGGAGAAUAUGGGGCGCUGUGAUGGUUGGGAUGGUGCGCCGGUUUUCGUCGCUACGACGACUAGUGGGCUUGCGGCGGGGAUGAAGCCGGCGGAGAAGGAAGCUGUUUGGGGGGAGUUGGGGAAGUGGGUUGUUAGGAGGAGGGGGGAAAGGGGGUUAGAUCCUGUGGUAGUUGAGGAUGAGGUGGUAGUCAAGGACGAGGUAGUGGUUAAAGAUGAGGUGUGA